UUAACUGACUAUAAAUUAUAAAAACUUUUCUUAAAAUAAGAUAAUGCAUUAUAUAUAACAGAUAAUAAAUAAUAAUUCACAUAAAAAAACAAACCAAAUAAUAAUAGAAAAAUAAAUAAAAGGAACAAUUAAUUUAUUAUUAUGCCAGUUUUCUUUAUCGAAGCAAGUUUCCUUAAGAACUUACAAUGGAAAUCUUUUUGGUUACGUUUUACAAAACGAUUUAUUCCACCAAGAUUACAUUAUUAUUCAUGGACAAUUUAUGACAUUCAAUACGUAUUUUUAUUAAUUUUAGGGGUAUUUCUUUUUUAUAUAAUUGGAACUCCAGGAAUUUUCUUGAAGCUUUUAAUAGUUUGUAUUUUUGCAAUUGGACUUUAUUUUCCAGUUCCCCGAAAAUUUUUUUUGCCUUUUCUUCCUAUAGCAAGUUGGUUAGUAUUAUUUUAUUCAUGUAGAUUUAUUCCGGGAGCAAAUAGACCUCAUAUUUAUGUUUCGGUUUUGCCAGCAUUAGAAAAUAUUUUAUAUGGAGAUAAUUUAUCAGUUAUUAUAGCUAAACAUACUAACACUGUUAAAGAUUUACUAGCAUGGUUACCUUAUGGAGUAAUACAUUUUACAUUACCGUUCUUAACAAGUGCAGGAUUAUGGUGGUAUGGACCACCAGGUAUUUUACCAGUAUUUUCAAAAUCGUUUGGAUAUAUGAAUCUUGCAGGAGUUUUAACACAAUUAGUUUUUCCAUGUUCUCCUCCAUGGUAUGAAUAUACGUAUGGAAUGAACACACCAGCAGAAUAUACAAUGCCUGGUCAUCCAGGCGGAUUGGCUCGUAUAGAUAAAUUAUUCGGAACAGACACUUAUACAAAGACAUUUAGUGGAUCUCCAAUGGUAUUUGGAGCAUUUCCAUCACUUCAUUCUGGAUGUGCGAUAAUCCAAGCAUUGUUUAUUUCACACGUUAUUCCAAAGUCUAAACCGUUUGGCUUUGCUUAUGUCAUGUGGAUAUGGUGGGCUUGUAUGUAUUUAACUCACCAUUACAUGGUUGAUUUAGUUGGUGGUGGUUUUUAUGCUGUCGUUGCAUUUUGGUGUGCAUGGGAUUAUUUACCUUCUGUGAACAAACAUUGUAGGAAUCGUUGGGAUUAUAUCAAAGAAAAGAAUAGUGUUUUAUUAACUACUGAUAAUAUUAAUGAUAAUGAUAAUUUACUAUUUGAUUCAUCUAAAUUUAAUAAUAACGAUGAAUAUGAAAUAGAAAUAGCAACUACUAUUAGCGAAGGGACUGAUUUAGCUGCUUUAACAAAUAGUGAAAGUUCAUCUAAAAGUAAUACUUCAAUAGAUACAAUAGGUCAAUCUUUUCAUGAGAUAAAACUUCAUUCUUCUAAUUUAUAAUAAAUAAUAAUAAUUGUAUUUCUAUGUAUGUAUAAAUAUAUAUUGAAAAAAAAUUAAAUAAAUAAAUAAA